AUGAAUUACGGUCAGCCACACAUGGACAUGCAUGGCGCACCGCAUAUGUCAUCUGCACCGUCUUACUCGCAUUCGGCACCAGCGCCCAUGCAAUAUCCGCAGCAAUAUCAACAUCAACCUGUGAUGCCGCCAGGGCCUGCCCACUACGCACCGUCGCAGCCGUACAGUUAUCCCUAUCACAAUGGCGUUACCUCGCCUCAAUCUGCUGGAGGUCCUAUGGGACACCACAAUGGCCUUAGUCUGCCCGCAAUGGGCCCAGGUAUGGGCGGGCCACAGGCAUUCCCUCCACAAAGUGCACCCCCUCCCCAAGCCUAUCCCUCCAAUGUGCCGUUCGAUUCUACUGGCCAAAAUCCACCUCCGGGGAUGAAGCCGCGUGUGACCGCAACAUUGUGGGAAGACGAAGGAAGUCUAUGCUUUCAAGUCGAGGCGAAGGGCGUUUGUGUGGCGCGAAGAGAAGACAAUCAUUUCAUCAAUGGGACAAAGCUUCUGAACGUUGCUGGCAUGACCAGGGGUCGGAGAGACGGUAUAUUGAAGUCAGAAAAGACGAGACAUGUGGUGAAGAUUGGGCCAAUGCACUUGAAGGGUGUUUGGAUCCCUUUCGACAGAGCUCUGGAUUUUGCGAAUCGUGAAAAGAUCACCGACAUCUUGUACCCACUCUUUGUACACAACAUCGGUGGCCUACUGUACAAUCCAGAAAAUGCGCCGCGAACUAAUGCCGUAGUAGCCGCAACGACGGAGCGUCGACGUAUGGACAGCAUAGAUGGCGGACGUCCCCCAUCGUCUGGUGGCAGUGCGCCUUCACUUCACCAUCAUCAUUCGAUGUCCGGAUCCAUGCCAUCGCAGGCGCCUCCAACACCACACUCCUUGGCGGCGAACGGUGCUGGUAGACCAGGUAUUGACCGUGCUCACACUUUUCCCACUCCGCCAACUAGUGCUUCGAGUGUCAUGGGUAUGGGUAGCACUGGUAGCAGUUACGAAUGGGGGCCGCAACAUAUGGCCAACGGUGUGAACGGAGCACAGCCGCUGUCGAUCGAUACCGGAAUCAAUGCACGAUCUAUGCCAACAACACCAGCAACCACGCCACCAACUCAGACCCAGGCGAACAUGCAAGGCUACCAAGGCCAAGCAGGGUAUGAUAGCAAGCCUCCCUACAACACCACUCCUGGCUCCGCCUCUGGCUAUCCACCGCACCCGGACGCUCGAUAUGGACACCCUUCCUCGUACACAAAGAGUGAGAUGGGUCCGCCAACGGUGCCCUCCGCGCCUCUUGAGCCGCACGAUGCCAGCCACGGUUCAGAACACCACGAAGGUUCCCAUGCCGAGAACGGCUAUCCUUCUGCCUAUGGAGCGCCACGAGCUUACAGCUACAACCCAACCACUGAGCAUCAUCUGUCUCCAGAAGUCACUGGCUCGCCUCACCAGACGGUCUCUGGUCGCGGCACUCCUCGAACCAUGGCUCCCACGCAAGCUGGCUGGCCUGGGCAAGAUUAUCGCACUCCGCCCCGUGGCAACAGCUCGAGCAACGUUUACAACGUUGUCGGCAACGGCACUAGUUCGAAUGGUCCGAGCUCAGAUGGCAACUAUCCCAGCUCUGCCUAUUCUGGUGGGGGCAUGAAACGUGGACGGGAAGAUGACGACCAAGACCGACCAGACAGCCGAGAUUAUGACUACAAACGACAAAAGACCGGACCAAUGCGCCAAGAAAGUUUCGGUAUGGCGCUCAAUGCACCUCCUCACAUGCAAGCUAUCAAGAGCGGCGGUGGCCAACGCUAG